AUGAAAAUAAUUAUUAAUAUAUUUUUAUAUAAUAUUAUCAGUAUAAAUUUAAUUAAUAGCUAUCCUGAUCAACAAUGUUAUAUAUGUGAAAAAAGUGGAUGUAUGCAUCCAGGUAAAAGUGAUAUUAAAUCUUGUUCGGAUUCAAUAAACGUCGAUGGUCAAGAAAGCAGUGGGAAAGUUUUUGUUAAUGGUGCUUUUAACGGAACAGAUUCAAAGAAUAUUUAUGAUAGAUUGGCAUUCGAAUUAAAUGAUUUUGGGACUAAUGACGCUAAAAUACCUAAUACAACUAUGCCACUAUGGGAUAGUCUUACUCGAUGGGUAUGUUAUGUAUCGAAAGAUAAACAUCGUGGAUGUUUAGUUAUGGGUAAAGGUCUUUGUGAAGAGAAGAAAAGUUGGUUAGGACAAUUUCCUAAUGUUGGAGAUAAGAUUAAUAAUAUAAUAAAAAAAGCCAAAGAAACUAUUGGUAACAUGUUUACAGAUCCAGCUACUUCUACAAAAUUAAAUGAUACACAAAAAAUGAAUAUUAGUAAUUGGUUUGCAGAAAAUUAUAUGAAACAAUUAAUUAGUAAUGAAAAUGCUCCAAAAUAUCAACUUGAUAGUUGUUGUGAAGGUAAUGCUUGUAAUAGUUUUGAUUUUACAGCAAAUAAACCAACAGCGUCCGAAGAUUAA